UUCAGUCUUCCAGUCAUGUUCUUCAUUUGCCCCGAAGCUGUAGCGUUCCGAAAUACUAUCUGUUAGUACUUAGCAGCCACAACACCUUCUCUUACUUGUCUUGCUCAAGGGCAAAGAAGAGUGGAAGCAAUCUUAUUUUUAUUAUGGUGUUUAGUUGAUCGUGGUGGAUGCUUUUUGAGAUGGAUCUCAGGCAUUUUAGAAGUGAAUUCUUGCCCACAACACUUAAUCCAUCUUCAACCUACCUCCAAUUUUCUCCCCUUAGACCUUUGCACAAAACCCUAAACCUAAAAUUCCAAUCACAGAAACGCUUUGCAGUUGUUUCAUUCUCCCAAAGGCCUAAAACAAUUAGUGAAUUCUCAAUUUUGGGGCAGAAUUCAUGGUGCACAAGGGACCUCAGAUCUUAUGCUGGCCGUAGCAAGAAGUCUGGUGGUGCUGGCUCCUCUGGCGGUCGAAUUGAAGGCAAUGCCGAGUUCCGGAGACGGUUGAAGCGCAAUGCCAGGGCAAGAAGCAAGAAAUACGCCGAGUCUCUAUUCUACCGGCUGAAAAACCCAAAGGGGGGUGGGAACUAUCCCGAUAACUUCACCGAGGAUGAGCUCCAACAAAUUGGCCUCGGCUAUGAUCGAAUGGUCCGGUUCAUGGAGAAGGAUGACCCAAAUUUACGUCAUCCGUAUGAUUGGUACAAAUAUGGUCAAUAUGGACCCUAUUCUUGGCGUGGAGUUGUUGUUGGCGAGCCAGUUCGGGGUCGGUUCUCCGAUGAGUGUGUGACAAUAAUCAGUGAAGUGAAGGACCAUGAGGAGUGGGAGCAGAUUGAACAAGGUGAAAUGGCUGAAGAGUAUGGGGAAAAAUUGAAGCAGCUGGAUCAAAGUAAAUUAAAGUAUUUUUGGGUAUUUGUAAGGCACCCAAGAUGGAGAAUUUCAGAGCUUCCUUGGCAACAAUGGACGUUAGUUAGCGAAGUAGUGCUUGAAGCUGGUAAGCAGAGAUUAGAUAAGUGGAAUUUGAUGGGUAGACUUGGGAACAAGGCUAGGUCAUCGAUAGGGCAAUGUGCUGCAUGGAUGAGACCUGAUAUUGUAUAUGUGAAGAAGCCAGUUUUCCAGUGUAGGUUUGAGCCACAGGAUGACUUUUUCAAGCCAAUAAUUCCAUUUCUGAAUCCUAAAACAGAACAGGAUUUUCUUUUUGAGUUAGAGAAUGAUGAUGGUAGUGUUGAGUUGUGUACUUAUUUUGGUGGAUUGUGUAAGAUUGUGAAGGUAAAUCAAAAGGCAUUUGUCGAUGAUGUGGUGAAUGCAUAUCAGAAAUUGAGUGAUGAGAAAAAGUCAAAAUGUUUGGAGUUUCUGUUGAAAAAUCAUCCAGUGGAAUUGUUGCAUCCAUAUACUAAAGAGUGGAAGGCUAAGUUGGAAGAGAUGGAGCUGGGUUGUGAUGCUCCUGAUGAAGAAGAUGAUGCUAUUGUUGAUGAUCCCGAUGAAACUGAAGUUCUAGAUUGGAUUGAGGAUGAAGGUAGUGAUGAUGAUACUAACAUUACCGAUGACGAUGAGGAUGAAGAGGAGCUGAUUGAUGAUGAUGAUGAUGAUGGCGAUGAAGACCAAGAUCUAGUCAUGGACAUGGAAGAAAGUGAAGAUGGAAAAUUUCAUGCCAUGGAAGAGGAUACACUUGAUGAGGAUGAGAAGGACUUUAACUGGAAUGAGGAGUUCCAAAAGGCAUUAAGUAGUGGAGAAGCAAUGGAGAAUCUGGCAAAGAAGGCUCUUGAGUUCAAUAAGAAGUUGAAUAAGAAUCAAUUUAUGAUGAACAAAGUAGAGGAAGAAACAGCGCUCUCAGUAGAUGGAGACGAAACUGCCUUGAGAGGCAAGCGAGCAAAGGUCAGUCAAGAAGAGUGGAAGUAUAUUGGAGUUGGUCCAUGGAGAAAAAAGAUUAAGAAGAGCAAAAUUCCUCCAGAGCUAUUUUUGCGAGCGGUUGUUAGACCAUUCACUUACAGAAAUCUUGUUAAAGAGAUUGUUUUAACUAGGCAUGCAAUUUUGGAUGGUGAAAUUGGUGCCUAAGUUUAAGACAUUUGUCCUUAAUGGGGAGGCCAUAGUGUUGUGUACUUGUGUAGGAAGGAUGUUGACAAGUCUUUAGAUGGUUCAGCAUUAUUCAAUUCCCAUCAUGUUGUUAAAGUUGAGAAAAUAGAGUAGACUGAAAUAUUUUUAGUGACUUGUCUUUUAUGCUUACCUAGUUGCUGAAAAGAAUGAAGUAUAUGCAUAUAACAGCAGACAACAUCAAAUUUGGAUUACUUGAAAAACUAUUUCUAUUCA